AAAUCUUAUUUAAUAAACAAAUUUUGUAAAACAAAAUUAAGAACAAGAGCAAAACGUGCAACGCUAAACGGGCGUCCAUCCCUGGUUGGAUUUUUGCGAAUUCUCCCCGGCUUCCCAUUUCUCGAUUCCGCUCGUGCGAUUUCGGCGGUUGUGAUUAUCCCAAAUUGGAUUGGACUUGGCCAACUGGACCACACACAAACUCGUUAAAAUAUGGAGGCUGCUAUUCUGCAACUGAUUGAGGGACUCCUGAGCCCUGACAGCGACACGAUUCGCCAGUCGACUGCCGAGUUAACUAAGGCUUACGAGAAUCCCGAGACAUUGCUAUGUCUGACCAAGAUAGUGGUGACGAACGAGCAGACGCAGCUGCGCCAGUUCGCCGCCGUGCUUCUCAACAAGCGGCUCAGAAAGCUGCGCCACUGGCAGCUGGUUCCCGCUGAACAGCAGGCUGCCAUUAAGUCGAGCAUCCUGCAGGUCCUCGUCACGGAGAAGGAGAAGAACGUGAAGAACUCGGUGGCCCAGUUGAUGGGCACCUUGGUGCGUCACGAGGCGGAAAAGGGAGACGCCUGGAUGGCGGAGCUCCUCAAGUUCAUCUACGACCGCAGCAGCAGUGGCAAUCCAGAGGAGAGCGAGCUGGGCUCCUCGAUCUUCGCCAAGCUGGCGGACUCCGCUCCCGACCAGUUUGCGCUGCACAUGGAGAGCAUCUUCCAGUUGUUUGCCACCAUUCUGUCGGGCGCCGAGACCUCAGGCAAUCUGGCCACUCAAACCGUGUCGAAUAUGCUAAUCGGUACCAGCUGUCUGCUCCCGUUUGUCAGUGGGCACAGUGCCGCCGAGCAGACGGUGGUCAAGGCGAUGCCAAUGAUCAUCAAGACGCUGCACGCCUUCGCCUUAAAGGGGGAUGUACACGAGUUCAUCAGUGCCUUCGAAAUUGUGGACACGCUGGCCGAGUAUGUGCCCCAUCUGCUGACCAGCAAUGUGAAGUCGCUGCUUGAAUUUUGCCUGGUCACGGCGAGUAACGUCCAGCUCGAGGACUCGAUUCGCGUCCAGGUUAUAGCCUUCGUGGGCACCCUGGUGCGGCUCAAGAAGAAGGUGAUCGUUAAACAGAAACUGCUGGAGCCCACUCUAAACGUUAUAUUCCAAGUGAUUUGCCAGGACACCAGUGAUUGUGACGAUUACUUUUCGGGGGAGAGUCCCAACAGCCCGUCGUGCGCGGCCACACAGACCCUGGACUUAAUGGCCCUUCACAUGUCGCCGGAGAAGGUUAUUCCUCCGCUGUUGCAGCUGCUCGAGCCGGCGUUACAGAGCCCGGAUCCAGUAUCCCGGCGAUCCUCGUUCAUUUGCAUGGGUGUCAUUGCCGAAGGCUUCGCGGAGGCCAUCAGCAACAAGUAUCUGGAGGUCAUGCUGAACAUCGUCAAAGCAGGCAUCACUGAUGCCACGAUGUCGGUGCGCGUCUCCGCCUUCUUCGCCCUCGGCCAGUUCGCCGAGUACUUGCAGCCGGCCAUUUCCAAAUUUGCAUCCCAGAUUCUGCCCGUGUUAUUCGAAUAUCUGAGCCAGCUGGUUGUGGAACUCAAGAUGGGCCAGCCGGAACCGAAGCACAUGGAACGUAUGUUUUAUGCUCUGGAGGCUUUCUGCGAGAAUCUGCAGGACGACAUUGUGCAACAUUUGCCCGUACUGAUGGAUCGUCUUUUAGAGAUUCUGGAUCCCCAGAACUCGGCACGUAUUCGUGAGUUGGCCUUGUCGACCAUUGCUGCGGCGUCCAGCUCCGCAAAGGAGCACAUGAUGCCGUUCUUCCCCAGGAUCAUGACCAUACUGCAGGCCUUUCUGGUAAAGGAUUGCCCCGAGGAAAUGAACAACUUGCGCAUCGAGGCCGUCGACACUCUAGCCGCGCUCACUCGCGAAGUGGGCAAGGAAAACUUCAUUCCGCUGGCCGAUGACACAAUGAACUUCUGCCUGUUGAUGCUGGAAGACGGCCCCGAUGAUCCCGACUCCCGAAGGUCCAUCUACAACCUGAUGGGCUCUCUGUCUUUGGUGGUCAAGGAGAGCAUGGCGUCUGUGUUCCCCAAGAUUAUGGAUCGUAUAUUGGAGUCGGUGAUCUCCUCGGAGGACGUGCUGCCCAAUAUGCCGAAGAACGCCGACGGGGAUUUGAUCCUGGAUGCAGCCAAUGUGGAAAUCGAUCUGGAGCACACGGACGACGAGGACGACUCUGAGGACCUGGACGGAUACCAGGUGGAGAACGACUAUGUCAUCGAGAAGGAGGAGGCCAUAUCAGCACUCAAGGAGUUCGCCGCAAACACGGGCGUUGCCUUCGCGCCCUAUCUGCAGUCGGCGUUCGAGAACGUUUACAAAGUAAUUGAUCAUCCGCAGGAGGAGGUCCGCAAAUCGUGCGUCAGUGCCAUCUGCGGGUUUAUCAUCGCUCUCAACAAGAUGGGCGAUGCUGGGGGCGUGACGCGCGCCUGCGAGAUUGCCAUUCCGAAGUUCGCACAAAUCAUUCGCACCGACGAGGAGGUGACCGUCGUCAUCCAUCUCCUCGAUGAGCUGGCUGAUCUGCUCAAGGAAGUAAAGCUGGCGGCCAUAACUAAUCAGGAAAACGCCGAGCUGAUCUUCGGUAUCAUCAGGGACGUCUUCCUCAACAAAAUGGCCUGUCAAUUCAACGAGCAGGGUGGCGGCGAUGAGGAGGAUCUGGAGGACAGCGAGUUCAAUGAGACGCUGAUCGAGAAUGCUGCCAAUCUGCUGCCCAUGUUCGGCCAUACCCUCCAGCCGGAGACGUUCUCGCUUUAUUUCGGUCGCCUCCUCCAAUUCUAUGUGCAAAAACUGGCUAAGGCCAAGAAGCAAGACAUGCCGGAGCACCGGGCAUAUAUCUAUGGCGCUCUGGCCGACUGUUUCAAGUUGCUGCGCAAACAUACGGUCACAUAUUUUGACGUUGUGUGCCCCCUGUUCAUUGCCGGAACCAAGGACUCGGAUCCCAAGGCGAGACAGAACUCAUAUUACGCACUGGGCGAGAUUGUCAUCAGUGCCGAGGAAAAAUCAUUUGAGUCAUAUCCGGCAAUCCUCCAAGCACUUUCCGAUGCGAUUGCCAGGGAGACGAAUGAUUCCGCCAUGGACAACAUUUGUGGAGCAGUGGCGCGUCUAAUUGUCACCAACCAUUCGGCGGUUCCGCUUGGACAUGUGUUGCCCGUGUUCCUCAACCAUCUGCCGCUGAAGGAGGACGUUGUGGAGAACGAUGUUAUCCAAAAAGCGUUCCGCGUGCUCUACUUGCAGGCUCGCCCAAGUAUAGAGAACUUCCUUGGGCAGAUGUUGAUUAUCACCAUCGAGUCGCUUUACAAGAAACAGAUGACGGACGAUAAGACCAUCGAAAGCGCGCUGUGCUUCAUUAAGGAGAUUCGCGAACAUUACCCGGACAAGUUCAACGAAGUGUCUAACUCGAGUCCGGAUGUGUUCAACUAUGUCAACACCCUGUAAGAACACACAUACACAUACCAGCACACGGCUUACGACCCACAUCCCCAGCCAACAUUAAUAAUCCGAGACCUCCGCCCGCAGCCUCUGGAUUUGGAUAUGAUGCAGUUGUUGUUAGAGUUGUUUAGGUUUUAGUUUUGCGUUAGUAUGCUCUGUGGCGUUAAAACAUUUAGGAAAAGCGAUCUUUAAAAUUUAAAGUUUUAGUUUUUUCUACCAAACCGUGAAGCAACGGAAAAAUAUUUUCUAAUUUAUAGCAACACCCAGUGACACAUGAAUAUUAUGAAUAGUCUGAAAUAAAAGAAACAAUAAAGAA